GCUUGGUUUUCUAUCAGAUGUAAAAUGGACGGGUGGUCGAGUCGUUGCGCGCUCGCUUAUUCUGCGUGUUCGUCAUAAAAUCGAUGUUUAUUUUGACGUGACUACGAAUUUUGUUUACGCGAUUGUACGACUUCUUCGGUGUUCGUAUACCGGGGGAGAUUGUGUUGUGUUUGUGUUUUUUCUAUGACGCUUGCGUUCACUUCACUUGCAGUGAUUUUGCUGAUAGCUCAUUCACCGGUCGGUGUGCGCGUGAUAAACUUCGUGUAUUAUAAAAAAUAAGGCGAAUAGUCGUCAAGUGUGGGUGUCUUACAGUACCACGAUGCUGUGCACGGUGACAUAGUGAACGUUGAAUUAACCCUGACCUCUGACAACCAUGUCUGGUCGUUCGGAUUGCAGGAAAUUUGCACCAAAUAUCUUUAAUAAGAGCAAGUGCACCAAUUGCUUCCGACAGAAGGAGGAGCACAGCGCCGAGGCAUUGGAAUCUAAUCGGGCCAGCAGGAAGAUAUCAAGAUGCGGAUACCUGUUCGUCGCACCGGGCUGGGACUUCUCCAAUCCGCUCUACAGAACAAAGAGAUGGCAGCGGAGAUGGUUCGUCCUAUAUGACGACGGAGAGCUGACUUACUCUCUAGACGAACAUCCAGAUACAGUCCCACAAGCCAGCGUAGACAUGACGACUGUCCUGGAGGUGAGCGAGGCGGACAGCGUGACUGGACACCCCCACAGUAUCGCUAUCACCGCGCCAGAGAGGGUCACCUUCGUGAAGGGCACAUCCAGGGAGGAAGCCAGGUGGUGGACGGACGUAUUGAGCGUAUAUCCGAGGAGCAAGGGCCGACACAAACGCAACGCCACGUUUCCCGGAGGUCAGACCGCGAGUUUACUGCAAUCUUCGACAACGAGAAAAUACUCCGCAGACGCGUCGACGUUGCGCGACGCAGCAGACUGCCGUCCGAGGUUCUGCGGCAGCACGACCACGUGGCCACGAGUCCAGCCGCCGCAGCCGGAGAUACCCAGCCUCGCUGCCCCCACCAACAUCGACACUAAAGUGUAUACGGAUCAGCCGGUCUCGUCCGCGUCACCGCCCACAAGGGAUAAGAUCAACGGCGAGGAGAAGGCUCGUUCCCGACGACGGGACACCUGGCCCGAACCCACCACCUCACCUUCCAACGACGAAGGUUCUGUCUCGUCUCCACUCCUGCAGCAUCACGCUCAGUACGACGAACAGUUGCGUGAUAUAGCAGCGUCCCUGACCCGCCCGCGCUCACGACGAGCCCUACCUGCCUUGGAGAGACCCACACGACUGCCACCACCUGAUAGAUUACUGGCUCGAGGUUCACCCGAUGGAGGUCCGCCUGCCGAAGAAGGUAUAACGAGCUCGGCCAGUGAAGGCAGUGAACCGACCGACACAGUGGAAGCUACGGAAGGAGAAGGAGGCCGAGUGGAACUGCCAGCUGAAAGAUUGCUGCAUGCGCGAGCGGGGUGGCUCCAGAGACGAGGAACCGGGGGCUGGUCGCGACACUGGUUCGUACUCCGAGGAGCGGCUCUGUUGUACUUCAGGGACCCGCAUGCUGAACACCGAGGUCUGAUGGAUGGAGUUAUUGAUUUGAGUGGAAUAUCGCGAGUGGUGGAACUGCCGUCUUCUACAACUACGAAUGGAUUUGCUUUUGAAACUGAGACAUGGGAUGGCAAACACAUAGUCUUAUCAGCCGUUACAGCUGGUAUCAGAGCCAAUUGGGUCUCGGCUAUGCGAAGGACGGCCGGUCUACCGGAUACUGGAUCACUGUCUCUUAUUUUAAGAGAGGAUUCUGUAGAUCAAGCUUCUGAGUCGUCAACUUCUCCUGUAACACCCAUCACACCGAACACUGCGAAAUCGGGACCAUUUUCUUCGGAUGAAGAAUACAGGACGGCAUCUGAAGGUGGUCGCAGGGAUAGCGCAGAUUGGGGAGACUUGACCCUACAACCGCCACCAUCACCAAUUCUCAACCGCACGCCUAUCUCUAAAGUAAAAGAAAAAGUACGAGCACGUGGAUGUCAACAAACUGCACCCAAACCAGAAACGAAACUUGAUAAAGAUGAAAUCGACGCUACCAAAGAAAAAGAUCAGAAGAUAAUAACCGAAGUUGACGAAAACGAUAAACCGAAUGAACCGAGGAAACGGAGUUACGUCUCGACGAUAGAUAAACAGACGAUUGAAAUAGAGGAUUUACGAAAUCAACUCAAACAAGCGCUGAACGAUGUCAACACGGCCGAGUCAGAACUGGCGCGACUACGAAAACUCAAAGCUGAAGCCGCUUUAAAGGAAAAGAAAAUGGAGGAACUCGUGAUAACACUGCAACAGAAAGAAGAAGAACUGGCUGUUAGGACGAAGGAAGCCGAGAGUUUGCAUACAAUAAAGCAACUAUACAACGAACAUAACAAUAUGUGGGAAAAGAAGCUGACGGAAACACAAAACUUUUUAAAAGAAUCCAACGAUCACUGCGAAAACUUGACCCAGCAGUUAUCGACAGCUCAUGACACCAUAAAGCAACUGCAGAGAGAAUUAAAUGAGCUUAACGAUAAGCUGAUGAGAAGUGUCCAAGAUAAUGAUAAAUUAUAUUCAAGAAUACGAGAACUCGAGCACAAGGUUAUAAACGAGUCACCGACCAAGGAAAAGAGGAAAAGCAUUGGGUCACUGAGUGAUCUCAGCAACAUCAAUAAAGACUUGAAUCUCGAGUCUUUAGAGAAAAAUAGACUGAUACAAGAGUAUGUAGACUUAAGGGACAGGUUUUUAAAGGCCAUAGAGGAAAUUAAGGCCAUGAAGAAAGAGCUUCGCGAAUCCCAUAACAUGUAUGAUGAACUGGAAAUUACUAAUAUGAAGCUGAAAAACGAAAUGAAACUGAGAGAACAAUGCAUCAGGUCAGAAAUGGAUUUAAUGGCUACACGUAUUGUAGAUUUAACACAGAAGCUGACAGCUUCAGACAAACAAGUGCGAACGUUGAAACAUAAAAUUCAGAAAACGGAAUCCAGAGAAAAGAGGCGCAGUCUGUCAUUAAAAGGCAGAGAAUCUUUUACGUUAGGAAAAGAAUUGGAAGAAAAGUUGACAGAACUUGAAAAUAAGAUUGCGUCUCUAGAAAACGGCGAAUCCGUGCCUACAAUAAACUCCCCUUCUAAAAGCGCUUCGCCUGCCAAGGAAAAAGUCUCUAAAACAGAUAGUACCAACGACGAGAAACGAAUGAAAAGGUUGGCGGCUAGACUGAGACGGAAAUCAUUAGAUAGUGCUACAAGUUCGGAGCCCAUGAAAAUGCUAGUCCGCUUGAGUUCGCUUGAAACCAAAGUUGCAACUGCUAUAGAAAAUCGCCGAGAUUUAACAAAUUCCUGUGAAUCUUUAAGCCCCAUGGCAAGAUCUCCGGAAGGUACGACUAAUAGCGAGAGCUUAGAAAGCUGUACAAUUGGGACACAAUCACAAAGGCAUCUUUUAGAUAGGCUUCAAACUCUUGAAAAUAUUAUCAUUCAUUCACGAAGCAAAAUUAAUGACUGUCUUUGUCAAAUGAGCGCAAUGCGAGCGGCUAAGUCCAGACGAUCUCCAUCGCCGAGCGUCGAGAAGAAGUACAGUAUAAAAUCUAUGGAAAAGUGUUUAAUGGAUGUCAGCAAACGACUACAGGAGUGCUUUGAUAAGUGUGUUGUAGAUGCCUCAGAACAACGAACUGAGGACAUUAACGACAGUGUUGCUCAGGUAGUGGUCCAGCUAGAAGAACAACUCAGGUCCAAACUUCUAGAAAUAUCUAAAAAGAAAGCAGCCCUUUAUGAAGCUGGAGAAUUAACGCAAAGAAAGAGUUUAGAAAUUUUGGCAGAAAAGUUAGCAUACGAGGCGGUUCUGAUCGGACGAAUACAGGAGGCCCUCGAAUCGUCUAACGGAAGCAGAUUCUUUGCUAGACUAAUAAGGUCUGAAAUAAUCGAAACUAGUCAAUUGAUCGAUAACCUUAAGAGUAAAAUAAAUGGAGAGAAAACCACAUCCGCCACAAAGAGCUCCCUGGACUAUCUGGCGAGAAUACUUUCACGAAAGAUCGAUGUGAUGACCAACAAUAGAGAAGAAGACGAUCCGAGUAAAUCAGAAGUGAUUAUACAGAGUGCGGACCUGGACGCCUUGAAAACGUCUCAGAAAGAGGUUGCGGAGGCUGUUGACAAAUACAAGACCGAGAAGCUGGGUGAGCUGUGUUCUGCGCUCGCUAACGAAACAUUACACUACGCGGCGGUUGGAGACGAGCCCGAGCGACAACGUGCCGGCCUAGAAGCGGCUCGGGUACGGGAGGCGUGGGCGGCAGCACGCGACGCCCUCGGAGCAGAAUUGGUACAAGCUGAGGUAGCGCGUGCGCUAGGCCGAGCGGCGCAGCUCUGCGAGAGUCGGCUGCACGAGUCCAGGAAUGCGCGACUCACACUAACAGCGCAACACCGGGCCGAUUUGGAACUUUGGUGGCAGGCAGCUCACGACCACCUGCGCUGCGAGAUGGACGCCGCCGUGCGAGAUAUCGCCGCGCGCUACCGCGAGUGCCUCGCUGCCGAUCGGCGCCGCGAGGGCUCCCCGGGACUCGACAGCCGCGCGCUGCUGCAGCAGCUGGCCGACGUCCUCGCUCAGAAGGCUCUUGUGGACGCCCGCGUCGCCGUUCUCGAAGGCACCUACCGCGCCUCCGAACCGUUCGACGCCGGUCGCCGUUCCGAGGACGCCAUCUCCUCGUUGGAGACGGAUCCCGCCACGGAGGCCGAGUUCGUCUACCUGUUCCGGCACUUCUCGACCGAAUGCCGGGCGCUCUUCUCCAGUGACUGUUCGGGCAACAGUGAAGACUCGAUGAAGAUCGGCGAGAGCCUCGAGCGCGCGGAGGCGGCGGUGGCGGCGGCGCAGCGCAGGCUGACGGCAGACCUGGGCGACGAGCGAGCGGUCGACGACGAGGGUUCGUCCGGCGGCGGGCUGGUGCAGCGCCUAGAUGCCUUGAGGCGACGCGUGGAAGCUCUGCAGUGUCCGCAGUGCGCUCGUCUACAGGAGGCUCUGGAGCGGCUCUCUGCCGAACGGGCUCGCAGCGAAUGCGCGCUGGCUCAGCAAGCUGCCGCACUAGCAGCAGCUCGCCGCGCUCGAGCUCAGCUACAGGCCCAACAUGAAAGAGAGCGAUCCGGACUACGAGAACGAGCCCGUACACUACAGCGCCGGCUGGCCGCUCUCGACUCUGAGUAUUCGGCCCAGCUGGAGAGCCUCCGAGCGGCGUAUCAGCAAACAACGCAGAGCGCGGUGUCCACGGACGCGCACGGGGACGGUCUGAGGGCACGCUACCAGCAAGAGAUCGAGCAGCUGAGAGCGCUGUGCGAGAAGGGGCUCAUGGCUAUGGAAAGCAGCCACCGCCGCAUCGUGAGGGAGAUGGAAGACAAGCAUCGCGCGGAAAGAGAUCAGCUCAGGCUGGAGAAAGAGCAAGCGUUGGCGGAAGAGACUCGCGCCACGUUAGCUGCGCUGGACGCCAUGCGCAAGGCACACGAGAGCGAAGUCCGCCGCGAGGUCGACAAGUUCAAGGCGGAGUUCCUCGCACGAGGCGCUCCCGACCUGGGACAGCUCAGCUCGAGGCACCAACAAGAGAUGGAGGAAAUAAAACGCGAGAUCCUGUCUCUGUCCGAGAAGUACUCGGUGAAGUGUGUGGAAUCCGCGGCGCUGGAGGAACGGCUGGCGGCGACCGCGGCCCAGCUCGCACACGCCCACCAACACAUCAUGCAGUUGGACGCGCGCAACAAACAACUUCGAGCUCACAUCAUGUCGGAGGCGAAUAAUGAGCUGAAGAACUCUGAGGCUUCCUCACUCGCGCAGCUGAUAGAGGACGCUCCGGCGAAGUCAUCUCGAACGAGUCCUAUGACUUCCGGAGGAGUGUUCACCAGCUCGGACAGCGCCAGGAACAUGACGCUGUCGCCGGUGCAGAACUAAAGUCACCAUGAGUAUGAGAAGCCGCCAGCGACGGUGGCGCCUCUAGCGGACGUCGUCUCAAAACGCAAGAAACGAAUCAAAGUUUUAUCCGUCGGAUAUAUCCAUAUGAUAGUAUAUAAACUGGUCAUGCGAGUCACAAGAAGUCUCCCCACCACCACCACCACGCUAGCACCUGGCCACUUUGCUUCAUCAUACCUUAAACGUAUGCGAUAAAUCGUAUGAAGCUGAGGCUCAGCCGAGAUGCCUCGAGAAGGUCGAAGAGAUCAUUGGCUCUGAAUGAAGUCAGUUCUUUGACCGCCGAGUUGCCGAGACGAGUUUUUUGGCGGCGUUUGUUUGUUACAUUAAUAUAUUAGAUUGUAUUCAUAUGUAUUUAAGUUAAUAACUAAGACCAAAAAUGUCCUUCCUCUACGAGAAGUGGCCAGAUUGUUUAACUCCCACCCACCACGACUUGUAUAUAACUUUUGUUUGCAUUGUUUUUUUUUACUUAAUUUUAAUUAUCUGUAAUCUAUGUCGCCCUCCUUCUGUCACUGUCACUUCCCUUUAUUGCCAUCCAAAAAUAAUUCUAUAUUUAUUUGAGGCAUCCUUUACUCUUUUCUUGUUUGAGUGACCAUUUUUCUUUUCAUUUCGUGUAAUUAGCGUAGUUUCGGGUUAGUGAUGUAUCGUUUUUUUUUUUUUGUAAAAUUGUAACAUUGUGUAAAUACUCACGUCCGCUGCCUGUAACCAGUCUUCUCGUGCACAGUUCGUUUGCUGCCCGUUUUAUCUUUUAAGGAGUUUGUUACCAAAUAUUUCUUAUUUAUGUGUUUUUAUUUGACAUUCGCGUUUUUCGCGCGUCGUAUGUUUAGCUGCAGCUGUACACUCUCGACGACAUUUUGAUGAAUUUUCAUGUUUGUUAAUAAAUACUUCAAAAUAUCCGUCUUGGGAAUUAUUUUUCUCUACAUUGAUUUGGUCGUCGAAGUUGUUUCCGUAGGGUCAGAGAGUGCACAGCUGUGUUCCCUCAGUGGUUAAUAUCACUUGUUUAUUAUUUUUGUACAUUAAUAGACUUACAUUUAUUCGGAAAUGGGAGAUUUUAUAUAUUCGAUUCAUAUCUUUAUUUCCUGUUACGUUAAUGAGGUAGUAUUGAGUUAGUUUAGAAACAAAAUUCUUACUUAUUGACUUGUAAUAUCUUGCAUCAGGUUUUAUCGUGUAUUAUUUUCAUAUGAAUUCUAUACAUUAGUUAUUUAAAGUUUGUCACCGUCACAGUUUUCUCUAUAUGGUCACACUCACUGAGUUAUCUGUGUGUGUGACACCUGUCACUGUGUGUGUUCGUUACCAUAUUUUCCAAGCUGGGCAUUUGUCUUCCACUUUGUGUCGGUCCUCGAUGUGUCUGUGCUCUGUGUGUACACAGCCACGUGUCUUUCGGUGUAUUGCUCAAUUAAAAUGUUAUGGAAAAUACCAAAAUUCUACUGAACUAUCAGAUGUCGUUCAACAGAGACGCGGUCCCUGGUGUAAUGCUAACACGACUAUCAUAGUUAUAUUUGGCGUCCAAGUCUUUAGUUAGUUUUAAUUAUUAAGUUUAUAUCAUUAACAAAUUUAUUAAAAAAAAACUAAGUAACAAUCACACCAAUCACUUUAUAUAUAUGAAUGUAUCUCCCUGUCUUGGUUGACGUUGUAAAGUGUUGGAUUAUAUAACAAAGAUUUUUUAAAAUAAACUACUUAAUACAAUAAUAA